CUAGUCACCACGCGGGACGAAGGGAGAAUAAUAGUCCCGCCGCUCUCGCUGCACCGACACAGACAGGCAGGAGAGAGGGAGCCCCGAGCGGUUUUUGUUCUCAGUGUAGAAGAUGUGGCUCUUUGGUGUGGCUGCGUCACUCCUGGCGGCGGCUCCAGCCACGCACGGCCAGGACAUCGCUUCAGAGUGUCCUGCGCCAAAUGGCUACUUCGCCGACGCCAGCCAGUGCGACAAGUACUAUCACUGUGUGGACAAUGUACUAACGGAGAAGCUGUGUCCUGAUGGCAUGGCCUUCAACGACAUCAACCCUGCGGUGGAGAAAUGCGACCUUCUCAUGCUGGUGGACUGCUCAGGAAGGACCAAACUACAGCCGCCUAUUCGCUCUGAAAACUGCGAUAGACAGAACGGCAACUUCGCUGUGAAAGGAAGUAACGACUGCAGCCAAGCUUACAGGUGCCAGGACGGCGUGGGAACACUUAUCACCUGUCCUGAGGGUCUUGUAUUCGCGCUCGACACCGGCAUUUGCGAUUGGCCUGAUCAGUCCGGCCGCGAUGGUUGUAAGCUGGAAGCGACACAAAACUUCACAUGCCCGACGGUUCAGCAGGAUCAGGCUGUGGCUCAUCCCCGCUACCAGGACCCACUCGAUUGCCAGUACUUCUACGUGUGUAUCAACGGCAAGAUUCCACGGAGGAACGGCUGCAAGUUUGGCCAAGUGUUCAACUCCAAGACUUCAGCAUGCGAUGUGCCCACGGAAGUGCCAGACUGCGCUGAUUAUUACACUGAGUUCUUCGACGAGCACUUUGCUCAGGUGGAGCAGAACCCGGCCUUACUCAGUCAGGACAUCCUAUCGGCGGCCAUCCUCGCCGGCUAUCCGGUGCCCCUCAUAACAGAUCGGGUACGUAUCACGCCCGGUGCUGGUGCCAAGAGAGUCCCUGAUGAGAAACCUCCUCGCCCUGCACUUGGAGGAACAUCUCGUCCUGGCCCCCAACGUUUGUCCCCGCAGCGUCCUUCCAUCAGUCGGCCAGAGCCAGCCGGCAGAGAGCCCGGGGAGAGGCCACUCAGGCGAAGGAGGCCCGGCACAAGACGUAGAAAGACCACCACCACCACAACCACCACCACUGCUGCGCCAGAGUACUACGAUGAAUACUAUUACUAUGAUGAUGAAGCUUACUACGAUGACGCCGCUACUGGGGCAACUGACGCCCAGCCCAACACAGUCCCUGGUGACGCAGCCACCAGUGGCCCCUCGCCCCCAGGCCCCAACGCCAAUCCCUCAAGACUGUCAACACUCAGAUUCCCGCUGGUCAGAACCAAUGCCUAAGUGGAGAGGCUAGAGACAGACCCAUGUAAGCCGGUCAGAUGACCCAAGAGGCGUGUGUCUAUUGGGUGUCACGUGUUAGAAGACAUGACAACAUGGGCGUGUUACACAUACAACAACAGCACUAGAUAACAAAUAGCACGAACGUGUCAUGGUAAUGUAACACCAUAGAGAGCUAACACAGGUGCGUACAGAGGAAACAAGCAGUCAUGACACACUCCUUCUGUCCUAACCAAUCACAUUUAUGCAUUGUUCUAAGGAAGGGCGUGGGCGGGGUUUGGUGCACUGCGGACACCCACUGGCGUCACGUCACCUAAAGUGACAAAGAUCAUUGCCCUUUUUCCAUUUGGUAUGUUUAUAACCACUAGUGUGUGUGUGUGUGUGUGUGUGUGUGUGUGUGUGUGUGUGUGUGUGUGUGUGUGUGUGUGUGUGUUUUCUCGAUAGUGUUACAUGAAUUAAUCAUUUUCCCUGUUUUGUUGUUCCUCAACUGAGACUGUGAUUCUCUUGUCUUAACACCGUGCAUUAUCCUCAUCGCUCCACCGUCCAUCCUCCUGCUCGUCCUUCUCCUCCUCAAUUUCCUUAUUUUUCUCUCCUUCCUUCCAUUGUCCUCCCAAAUCUUAUUACAAAAAUAUUCUAUUUACCAUUCUCCUCCUCUUCCUCCUCAUGGACCUUUGAUUGCUUCGUUCAUCUUGUUCUACUCCUCUAUCUUAACAAGCACGCACGCACACACAUACACACACACCUGGACACCCUCACGUCCCACCUGUGAUAGCGGAAGAACGGACACGCCAUCUGUAUAUUUUGUGCAUAGCGAGCAUGUCUUGGGUCUGUGUGUGUGUGUGUGUGUGUGUGUGUGUGUGUGUGUGUGAAUACUAUUUUUUCUAAUCGUAUCGGUAUGAAUUAAAAACUGCAUUUUUUCUUUCCAUUUUUUUUUUUUCUUUCACUGUUAGGUCCGCCUUUGUAUAGUUCACCAUGUAUGACUAUUCUCUCAUUCUCUAGUACUGGAGUGAAUGAGGUCAUCUGUUAAUCUACCUUUUUGCCAAAUUAGGGAGAAUGACCUUUCCUGACCUGCAUUUUCCUGACCCUUCUAACCUCAAUCACCCAGUUCUAUGCUAAAGCGACAACAAAUACUACUAACCUAACAUGAACUAUAUACAAAGUAGGACAUAUUUUUUACCCUACAUCCUAUUCUCCUUGCAGUGUAGACCUUUGCAUCUAGGGAAAGGUGUCAUUCAAUAGCUACUGAUCAACAUUUCUUAUCGUCCAUAUAAAAAGGUGUAAUAGUCUAUAUUAUUCGAUGUUC